AUGCAAAAUGCUUUGAAACAUGUUGGUCAUUUAUUUAAAGGUGAGAAUGGGUUUAGAAGUGAUCUUAGUGCAUGUUUCAAAGUCUGGGAAGAGGAAGAGGAGCUCCUUAGCGCUUGGGAUGCUAUACUUCGUAAGCACAAUGCAUGUGACAAUUCUUGGCUUCAACGUUUAUUUCAAGUGAAAGAAAAAUGGGCUAAAGCAUAUGUCAAGAUGUCUUUUUCUGCAGGAAUGACUUCAACACAAUUGAGCGAAAGUUUGAACGCUGACUUGAAGGAUUAUUUACAGUCAGAUUAUGAUAUUGUAAAAUUCUUCACACAUUUUGAAAGAUUACUUAAUGAUAAGCGCUACAAGGAAUUGGUAGCAGAGUAUAAUUUAAGGCAGAAGUUACCAAAAAUUAAGAUGUUUUCACCCAUGUUGAUACAAGCAGCAAAUAUUUAUACUUGUCAACAGUUUUUGAAGUUUCAAAAGCAAUAUGAAGAGUUCCAAGGAGCUUUUGUUAAGGAGCGUAUCGAAAGAAACUCGUCUCAUGAAUAUAUAGUGUCAAUAUGUGGUAAGCCUAAAGAUCGUAGAGUCAUUUGGGAUGCUAUAGAAAACAAUGUUUCAUGUAGUUGUAGAAAAUUUGAGAGAUGUGGAAUUUUGUGUUGUCAUGCUUUAAAAAUUCUUGAUGUUAUGAAUAUCAAGGUACUUCCAGAUAAGUAUAUCCUUAAGAGAUGGACAAAAGAUGCAAGGAAUGAGAUUGUGCAAGACUUCAAUGGACAUGAAAUAAUAAUAGAUAGCAAAUUAGAAGUCACAAAUCGAUAUAAGUCUUUGUGUCCCUUAUAUGUCAAGCUUAUUAGUCGAGCAGUUGAAUGUGAAGAAGCAUACAAGAUAGUGUUGGAAAACUAUACUGAGUUGAGUAAAAAGAUUGAAGAUGUCGUGAGAAGGAAAUCCGAUCUUUGUGAAGUUGAUAAUUCCCAAGAAAAUGUAUUAGAUGAGAUGGCAACCAUAAGUGUUAAAGGCAUAAAAAAGAAGAAGGGUUGGAAGGGAAAGCGUCGGAUCAAAAGUUGUAUUGAAGUGGCUAAAAAGAAGAAGAAAAGUUCUAACAAUCAUCACCCGCAAGCAAAUCAGCAUUUACAAGUAUGA